GGGUCGAGCAGUGAACCAUUGAGGAAAGAAGAGAACCAGCGUUCUGGAGGGGGACGAGACUCGAGACUCGAGCGAGCGAGCGAGCGAGAGAGAGUGAAAGAGAAGAUGGUGAGGAAGGGAGGAGUAGUGUUCGAUGAAGGGCCUCCAGAUGACUUCGACCCUGCAAACCCAUACAAGGAUCCGGUGGCGAUGCUGGAGAUGAGGGAGCACCUGGUGAGAGAGAAGUGGAUCGACAUCGAGACGGCCAAGAUAUUGAGAGAGAAGCUCAAGUGGUGUUACCGAAUCGAGGGCAUCAACCAUCUCCAGAAGUGUAGGCACCUCGUCCACCAAUACCUCGAGGCUACCCGUGGCAUUGGAUGGGGCAAAGACGGUCGUCCCCCCGAAUUCCAUGGUCCCAAGGUUGAUCCGGAGUGACUUCAUUUAGCUUCAAGGUAACGGAAAUUAGCAAGCAGGGUGGUCCAAAAGUCAAGCAAGGAGUUCUAUCUCCAGCAAAUCUUCUGUUGCCUAAUUGAUUACAAUGCCAACUUGUUCUUUUUCUUGAAUUAGACGGAAAAACAUCCCAUGAUUUUUUUUCCAGUCGAGUUAUGUGCAAAGUUUGCCAUUUUUCCUUAUCUUCUCAUGAGAUUAUGCACUUACUGGCGUCAGAACCCUUGUGGAUUAAGAUGAAGGAUAGAUGGACCUUGAAUUAUGAAAUAAGUUUGUUCUCACAAUUCUUGCACAAGUUUAAAGUUUUACAA